AUGCGCCCAGGCUGGCUGGCCCUCGCCCUCCUGUCUGUGCUAAGCCUCGGCACACAGGCCUUCAACAGCCAGCUUAUCAAGUGCUUUCAGGACCCCCAGUAUGAAGAGAUGGUGCGGCUGGCCCAAGACGGGCUGGGGCGGACGGCAGAAAGGAAACAUAUAGUGGUGAUUGGGGCAGGCAUGGCCGGGCUCACCGCUGCCAAGACCCUGCAGGAUGCCGGCCACAAGGUGACUGUCCUGGAGGCCUCAGGGCGUGUGGGUGGCAGAGUGGAGACCCACAGAGUACCUGGAGCGCAGUGGUAUGUGGAUCUGGGUCCCAUGAGGAUACCCGCCAGCCACAGGCUUUCUCGUGAGUUCAUCAGGAAGUUUGGGCUAAAGCUCAAUAAGUUCCAUGGCUCCAACAACCAGACCUGGGUGCUGGUCAAUGGGGUGCGGCAGCGUACUGGAGACGUGCAGGCCAACCCGGGCCUGCUGGGCUAUCAAGUCAGGGCAGAUGAGGAGGGGAAGACUGCAGAACAGCUCUUCCAAGAAUCACUGCUGAAGGUGGUAGAGGAGCUGAGAAGCAGUAGCUGCAGCCAGGUGCUGGAGAAGUACGACUCCUUCUCCACCAAGGAAUACCUGAUCAAGGUGGGGAACCUGAGCCGUGGGGCCGUGCAGAUGAUCGGAGACCUGCUGAAUGCAGAUGCUGGCUACUACGAGGCCUUCAUGGAGACCCUGCGUGCCAUCAUGUCCAUCUUCCUGGAGCCUCGGUUCGAUGAAAUCACUGAGGGCUUUGACCAGCUCCCCCAGGCCCUGCAUGCUGCCCUCUUGCCAGGAACAGUCCAGCUCCACUCGCCAGCAGAGGAGGUGGAGUCAUACGGAGACCACGUCCACAUCACCUACCGAACACCUGACCCGCUGCAACCCAGGGCACGUCUGACCGCCGAUUACGCAAUUGUGGCCACUACAGCCAAGGCUGCCCGGCUCCUCCGUUUCCGGCCACCUCUCUCCCGUGGCAAGGAGGAUGCACUGCGAUCCGUCCACUACAGCAGUGCCACCAAAGUGAUCCUGGCCUGCACGCAGCGUUUCUGGGAGCGCGAAGGCAUCUUUGGGGGCAAGUCCAUCACAGACCGGCCUUCCCGCUUCAUCUUCUACCCCAACCACAUCUUCCCCAAUGGCACAGGGGUCAUUCUGGCCUCCUAUACCCUGGAUGAUGACUCCUCUUUCUUCGGUGCCAUGGACCAUGCCCGGGCAAUAGAUGUCAUCCUGGACGACCUGGCAGCAGUCCAUGACCUCCCCAAGGAGGAGCUGCGGGCCCUGUGUCCCUAUUCCACAGUCAAGCACUGGAGUCAGGAUCCCUACUCCAUGGGCGGUUUUGCCUCCUUCACUCCCUACCAAUAUGUGGACUAUGCCCAGGAACUCUGCAAGCCAGAAAGACGGGUCCACUUUGCCGGUGAGCACACAAGCCUGCCCCAUGGCUGGAUUGACACGGCAAUCAAAUCAGGGCUCAGGGCUGCACAGAACAUCCAAAAGGCUGUGGGCGACUGUUGGUGUGGAGCCUGCUUCCUACGGCUUCCUGCUACGCUGCCCCGCCUCUCGGUCACGGCAGCCUAUGGCAGAAUCCGCCUGGCCCGGGCGGAGAAGAACCGCCUUCUAGGCGCCGGCGGCUAA